CUGGCAACCCGAACAAGAGAAAGAGGAGACUACUCUGUGGAACGGCGACACAGGAGUCAAGUAAUAGACCUGAAUUGCCUGUGUAUUUCGGAAGCGGUCGCUAGACUUUAUUGAAGCUCUAUUUAAUCUCGAACCACUUUUUCUGGCACGGAUACGAUUUCCUUGGAAAGUUUGGAUUUUUUUCCCCCCGUUUGUUUUAUUUCGUUUUCGGUCACUGGUAUAUUGGACUGUGCGUUAAAUUCGGGAUGAGCACCAGUGAGGGUCUGUUUUUCUCGGCUUUGCAGCCACACACAGCCGUGAGCACAUACGCCGUACCGAAUGACCGAGACCUCACCGCGGACCGGCAGUCCAGGGAGAAGCGCGUGCAGCAGCAGGUCCAACAAAGGCUCGCGGAAAAAGCGUCAACAGAGUAUAGUGGCAUAUCCAUGACGAGGUACAACAGCCAAGGGACUGGAAUCAACUCUAAGACACUUAUGUUCAAUGGCAGCAGAAUAACAAACCCACGACUGCAUCAGGUUAGCGGAGGGUUCAGCUCACGCUCAGCUGUGGAAAUGGGCACGCAGCGCAAGGUCAGCAUUGGUACCCCUGUGCCUGCUGUUGUGGGCAACCCAUACAAAUAUUAUGAUGACACCUACAAUGAAGGGCAUCAUAUUGGCCAGGUAAAUCGAGUGGAGCAGGAAGUAUUGCAAGGGCAGCCUUCUCCCAGUGGCAACUGGGUAACUCAGGAGGGUAUGACAUCCUCGGAUCAGCGCUCCUACUAUGGCCAUAGCCCGUUGUCCAGUGUGUCACCUAUGAGACGGAGUCUCAGUGGUACGCUGGUGCAAGAUGCUGGUGGCAGAGGAUGGAAGGAGGCAGAGCUUGCUCCUCAGUAUUCUUCCAAAGGCCCAGCCCAUCGCACCCUAAUGCGCAUGAAUAACCGGCAGAUGCCGCACCAGAGGAUGGGCAACAGCACUAUUCAGUGGCAGCAGGCUGGGGGCAGCACUAUGAUGGCCGGAGGGCAGUAUCCUGGUAUGAUAAGGAGAACAGGAUCAAUGCACAGCUUGAAGAGUGUCGGCAGAGGGGUGGAUGUGUCUGAUGCAUUGACCAGUGGCAGGGAUAUUUCUGGAGGAAUCCACAGCCUGGACAUGACAACUGCAGUCAGCUAUCUCAGCUCAGCAGAUGUUGCCAUGCAAAUGCUUGGAGCCGCCUACAUUCAGCAUCAGUGUUACCAUAGCAAUGAAGCCAAGGACCUGGUACGAAAUCUGAAGGGGAUCCCUGCACUGGUGCAGCUAUACAGCAGUGAGAACCAGGAAGUGCAACGGUACGCUACAGGAGCCACACGCAACCUCAUUUACGAGAACAUGGAAAACAAAGCAGCGCUGAUCGAGGCCGGCGGUAUCAGCAAACUGGUUUCUGCAUUGAGAGAGCAGGAUGAUGAACUUCGCAAGAACGUUACAGGUAUUUUGUGGAACUUGUCGUCUAAGGACAGUUUGAAGGAGAAGUUGGCGAGGGAGAGUCUAGCUGAGCUGACAGAGCGAGUGCUGAUUCCUCUCUCAGGAGGUGGAGAGUGUGCAGUUAUCCAGCAAAGCCAGUCUGAAACGGACAUAUUCUACAACACUACAGGCUGUCUUAGAAACCUGAGCUCGGUGAAUGGGAGGACCAGGCAGCAGAUGAGAGACACUCGUGGCCUUGUUGACUCUCUCAUAGGAUACAUACAGAGCUCUCUGCAGGAGGGCAAGGCUGAGGACAAGGGUGUAGAGAACUGUGUGUGCGUCCUGAGAAACCUGUCUUUCCAGCUGUACGCUGAGAUCCCCACAUCAGUGCAGCAGCGUCUAGAGGGUCGGACACGAGCUCAGGAAAUACAUCGCAGAGACCCCAUCGGCUGCUUCACACCACAGAGCAAGAAGACAAAGGAUAAGAGGAACCACGAGCUGUCCACAUUGUCUGAGGUAGCUCGAGUACCAAAGGGGGCUGAGUGGCUUUGGCAUCCUCAGAUAGUUGGGUUGUAUAACCAAGUGCUGCAAAACUGCGAGAUGAACAAUGCUACCCGGGAAGCUGCAGCUGGAGCCUUACAGAACAUCACAGCAGGGGAUGGCCGGUGGGCAUCAGUGUUGAGUCGUGUAGCUCUGGAACAGGAGAGAAUGCUACCUGUGAUUCUGGAUCAGUUGAGAACCCCGACCGAAGCUGAGCUGAGGUCUCUCACCGGUCUGUUGAGGAAUCUGUCCCGGCACUCCAAGGACAAGGCAGAUAUGGCUACAAAAGUGGUGAAUGUCCUGGUGCCCAAGCUGCCUAGUGAUGGCCAUCAGAAAGAGCCAUCUAGCGAUGUGGUGGUCAACAUCUGUGGCAUUCUCAAUAACCUGGUCAUGGCAAGUUCAGUGGCUGCAAGAGAUGUGACUUACUUUGACGGAGUGCCCAAACUGGUUGGAAUCAAGACGUCUCAUGACAACAGCCCAGGGAAGGUGAAAGCAGCUAAGGCCGCCUCUACAGUGCUGUGUAACAUGUUUCAGUACAACAAGCUGCAUAAAGACUACAAGCAGAAGGGGUUCACGAGAAGAGACUUCACCGAUACGUUCUGAUUUAGUCAUCCUGAGAAAUACCGAGAAAUGUCUGGACCUGUUGUGAAACUUAACACGAAUAACCAAGCUCAGCAUGAAGGAAGACAUUCUGAGGAUACGCUUCUAAUCUGUGGACUGAGCUUGAGUGCUUUUUGUUUUAGCUCCUUCUUCCUCCCGAGUUUGAUUGCUGUGGAUUUCUGGGAAGGCGACUUGUUUUUAUUUUUUCCAGUGAAGUGGGAUAAAACUGGAAUGGAUUAGCACCAUUUCAUAAAAGGACUAAUGAACACUUUGGACUUUUUCUGCACACUCAAUUCAGCAGCACAAGCAUAUACCAUGAUAUAUAAACUGCCCGUGAAAAGAAUUGUCAUUCUAUGUCCAGUAGUCCUUUGUGUGUUUAAGUGUGAGUGAGCGUGUGUGUGUGUGUGUGGAUGUGUGUGUUAAUGCUUUUAUUUGUCAAACUCAGUGUUGAAAAUAUGCUAGAUGUUUUCCCCUGCUAUCUAUCAUGAACAUUUUUCAAUUGUUUUGGUUCACACAUUAUUUUCAAAUUUUUAUCAUUAUAGUAUUAUCAUUUUUUUUAAAAAAAAAAAUGUAAAUUCAGAUUUGUUUCCUGGAGUCAGAAAGAAAGAUUCAAGCAUUUUGGACUGGGACUGAAUCUCAAGAGACAAAUGUGUCUUAAUGGGGACGGGAUUUUAUGUUAAGCUUACACUCUAGAUCUCCUUUGUUAAACCUUUGGCCACAUGACUAACAUUUUCUUCCAAGCAUGCUGAGGUGCUUAGCAGAGUUAAAAAAAAAAACAAAAAAAAGGAGAAGAAGAAGGAUGUGGUGCCUAGUACAGUCAUGCACUUGGAUUUAAAACAAAAGAAAGGGUAUCUUAAAUCAAGUUUAUUUGCUCCUAAUGCUUGAUUUAUUGCUGUUGCUUUUUCUGUAUCACUCAAGCUGCAAGCUUUGCUGGUUGAUGUUUAAAGUUUAUUAAUCUACAAGAUUUGAGUGUUCUUUUAUUUUUGUCAGUGAAGGGUUUCCGGUUACAGUAACAAAUUACUAUUAGUGUAACAGAAUAGAUUGACUUAAAUACCGAAAUGAAGUGUUAUAUGAGAGGCGGCAACGGUACCUCGACUUUGACGUUCAUCUUAACACAUUAACCAAAGAUUUGGCGUCACGUUGCCCAUUAUUUUAAAAAAAUUACCCUGUUGUUUUCAGACAUCUAUAAUUAACAUCGUAAUCAUCUCAUAUAAAGAUAACUGAACAAAUGAAUCCGCACUACAUUAGUCCUGGUAAUAAUGUUUACUUUUGUUAGUGUUACUAAAAUUGUUUUAGCAUGUCCAUCAUUUCAUGUUUUAACUUUAAAAAAGUGUGUCUCUCUCACGCUCUCUCUCUGGCAUCAGUCUGCGUAUCAGGAGCACAUUGUUCCGGGUGAUAUUUUCCAAACACAUGGGAGGAUUUAAAGGUUAACAGGAUACACAUUUCUCUCACUAGGCAGUGACUAGACAGAUUGCCCUCCUCACAGUCUGUCUGCUGUAUGGGUGCAAAUGGUAAUAGCUGUAUGAAAGGGGUGUUUUGGAAAAACUGGUGGUAAAUAACAGAAGAUUGAGAAAUGUAAAAGGAACAGAUCAAAAACAGAUGUCAGGAAGCUGGUGGUCUUCAGCCAAAAAUGCUGACCUUGAGGCUUGGCUUGACCUUAUCUCAAAUGCUUAUUAUUAUCUUCUCACUGUGCAGGCCAUUGAGAGAGAAUGAGGGACAACGAGGGGUAGAAACAGAAAGGCAAAAAGGGAGUUACAUUGUGGAAAAUAGUGAGAUAAAUGGAUGGCAAAGAGUGUAAUACUAUGAAUCUAAAUUGCAAUAAACUCACUAACUUUUUUUCAGAA